CAUAUUGUAGUUUCACCAGCAUUUUUUAUUGGCCUUCUUUUUAUAAUGUGGCGCAUUUUGGCUAAUUUGAUCCCAUUUUCCAAACAUCGACUGUUCCAAUUACCAGCUGUUCCCAGUCCCACGCAUCACCGCCCCCUCUGUACUCAUGUUCUGCUCUCUUUUUAGAUUUUUAUCUGGCAUACUAGCGAAGAAGACAAGCGAGAGUUGUAUCAUAUCGCUUGUAUUCUGAUACAAAUUGUAAAACGAUAUUAAUGUACGAGGUCUAACCUCGCAAAAUGAUGACAAAUAUAACAGAAAGGGCCAGAAACUAUCAAAUUACUACAAAAGCCGCGACGAACUGGACACUAAAUUCCAGUCUUCGUAGUUGACGCGGUCAAGAUGGAGGACGCUUGGAACUUUCUAGCAAAUUUUGAAGGUUUUGUUUGCUGGUAAUUUUCAUGUUUAACGUCACGAUUGUGUUGUAAAUAACUAUUGAAAAAGGUCUGGACGUACCUGAAAAAAUAUUAAAAUUAAUGUAGUCGAAAUUAAGAACAGGAAAAAGCAAGAAGUUCUGUUAUAGCCAACAAAACAAUGGGGAAGGAUUAUUACAACAUUUUGGAUAUUCCACGCAACGCCAGCGAAGACGAGAUUCGAAAAGCCUACCGUAAAAUGGCUUUGAAAUUUCAUCCAGACAAGAACAAGAGCCCUGAAGCUGAAGAUAAGUUUAAAGACAUCGCAGAGGCCUAUGAAGUUCUCAGUGACCCGCAAAAGAGGGAAAUCUUUGAUAAGUAUGGAGAAGAAGGAUUGAAAGGAGCACCGAAUCCUCCGAGCGGCGCUUCUGGAUUCAAUUUUGAGAUGCCGGCUGGGUUUACAGCUUUCACGUUCCACGGAGAUCCGAUGUCCACAUUUUCCAGAGUUUUUGGACGAGAAGAUCCCUUCAGAGGAAUGUUUGAUCAUGGAUUUGGUAUGCCUGGUGCUUUUGGAGGAACAGAUUUUGCUGAUGUUGGAGGUUUUCAUGCCUUCCACCACCAGGGACACCCUGCUUAUAGUAGACAGAGGUCGUCAUCUUUUGAAGACAUGUCAUCAUUUGCUCGCAAAAAGGCCCAAGAUCCUCCAAUUGAAAAGUUCCUCAUGGUGUCGUUAGAGGAGCUCCUAGAAGGAACUACUAAGAAACUUAAAAUCAUUAAAAAGGUUUUGAAUCCUGACAGAGUGACAACUCACCCAGAAGAAAAAAUUCUCACAAUUGAUGUAAGAAAGGGCUGGAAAGAGGGAACAAAAAUCACUUUCCCGGAGGAGGGGGACCAGAAACCUCACACUGUUCCCGCAGAUAUCAUAUUCACAAUCAAGGACAAACCACAUCCUCACUUCAAACGAGAUCACGAUAACAACAUUCUCUAUACUGCACCGGUAUCCCUGCGGGAUGCUCUCACAGGUCACACCACAGCAUCUUCUGUGCCAGUUCCCACAUUGGACAGCAGGACAGUCAACAUUCCUCUUAACUCUAUUAUCAAACCUGGAGCGAAGCGGCGCAUAAAAGGUGAAGGUCUACCUUUGCCCAAGAGGGUUAAUCAACGAGCCGACAUGCUAGUGGAGUUUGAAGUUUUGUUUCCAACAGAACUUCCUUCAGCUAGUAUAGACUUGUUGAAGAGUGCUUUACCCGAGUGAGGUUAGAAAACUCUGAACUUUUAAGCUGUUAUCAUUAAUAGCUAUGUUAAAUUAUUUUUGAAGUUUUAAAGCUUCAGCUGUGAGUGGGUUGAACAAGAGAUUCACUCUUCGGGACAAUUUUUCCCUACUCUUAUAAGGAGAGGAAACGAAUGGCUGUGGUAUUCUGUUGUCAAACACAUUAUUGGUCUGUAUGGGUGGCACUUUCAGCAUUUUCUUGGGGUGGGUGGAGUGUAGAAUGCGUACUUGAUUUUCAAGCACUUAAGGUUGGCUCUUUACAAGUUUUACGAUCAC